AUGGGCAUCCUCGGCCUGUUCCAGAGCGAGUCCGACAAGCGGGCGUCAGAGAUAAGGGCGGGCGCCGUCGUGCCGACUCGCGCUGAGCGGAAGAGAUGCUGGGAGGCGCGGGACGACUACUUUGCCUGCUUGGACGCGAGCGGCAUCGUGGACCCCCUCAAGGACGAGAAGAAGGCUGCCAAGGCCUGCGCACACGAGUCGACGCAAUUUGAGCGCGACUGCGCAACCCAAUGGGUCACAUACUUCAAGAAGUGGAGGGUGCAAGACAUACAGAAAAAGGCACGUUUAAAGGAGCUAGAGGCUCAAGGGGCAAAUAAGCUCGACGUCGCGACCGACUUUACGGCCCGCAAGUGA